UAACAAAAAAAGAAGAGAGGACUCCGAAGUUAACGCCCCGAUGCCUAUCUGCAACACACCACAGCCAGCGCUGUUCAAUUUUACACUCCCGCUCUGUGCCUUCCUCUACUGAAUUCGAUGUUUCUAUUUCUAAUGCAUCGUUUCUGAUUCUCGUUGUUAGGGUCUCAUUUCUUGAUCCGCUAUGAGAUCUUUAAUCAUAACUUCGCAUCCUACCCAUCUCUGUGUUGCAGCAUCGCCAAUUCAUGGCUUCCCACACCCUACCAACAACACUUUGAAUUUCUUGCUGCCAAAAUCCAACGUCCGCCGCUCACUUUUCUCGAAUUCUCAGCGCAGGUCAUCCCUCUUUAUUACGUAUUGCUCCUCGCCUUCUGGGCAACCGUCAGAUUCUCGGACUGAAGCAGUUGAGGGGGAUUCGACUGAAGCAGUCGUUGCGAAUGAUAGAUUUCAUAGUGCAGUUGAGAGCCCAAGAAUCCCUUCCUUUGUUACUCCCAUGCCCAAUUUAAGUUUGAGUGAUAAAGCUUUCUUUCUCCUGGCAUUCAUUGCAUGCGCGACGUCAGUGGCAUUCGCCAGCCUAGUUGUUGCUGCUGUUCCCACGCUAUUUGCAAUGAGAAAUGCUGCAAUAUCUCUUUCAAAGCUAGCAGAUACAGCUCGUGAGGAACUCCCUAGUACCAUGGCUGCUGUAAGGCUUUCAGGCAUGGAAAUCAGUGAUCUUACACUAGAGCUAAGUGAUCUAAGCCAGGAGAUUGCUGAUGGGGUUAGCAAGUCAACUCAGGCUUUGCAAGCAGCUGAAGCUGGAAUUCGACAGAUUGGUUCUGCAGCUCGCAAGCAAACCAUUUCCAUGAUUGAAGAGAGAGCGAGCUUGCCUAAAAUAUCCUUGCAACCGGUUGUUGCUGGAGCUGCAAGAAAGACCUCCAGAGCAGUUGGCCGUGCCACAAAGACCUUCAUGAACAUAAUGUCUAGAAGGAAAGACGACACAUCAGAAGAAUGUGAUGAAGGCAUUGUGGAUAUGGAAGAUUUCUGAUGAUUCAUUGCUGCCUUUUUGGAUUAUUCCACUGUGUGCAUGUUCUUUUUGCCCAAUGACAUGUAGAUAGCGUAGGGAAAGUCAAGUUUGAAAUAUCUUCCAUGGAAAAGAUUAUGAGAAUUAAGAAAUGCAUGUGAGUAUGUUGAUAUAGCAAGUCAUAAACAUUCUGUUGCAUGCAAUGAUUAUAACAAUUUGUAGAGUC